AUGUCCGUUGCCCUACGACGAGUCACUGUCCGCGCUAGGCCUAUCAUCUGUGGUCGCCUUUUUCAUGGCAGCGCUGUCUCGGCCUAUGCCUAUAAAGACACCCAAGAUCGUGACAGCCUCGAACCUCAUUCGGCAGAGCAUACAAUGUCUGGCCGUGACGACGAUGUAUCGGCGCUUGACACUGCUUUUGCGUCCACUAAGAAAAAUGCGCCAGAAGCGGAGCUACACGAUUCAACCGAUGGCUCUGGCAACAGCCCUCUCGAACUCAGUGGAGCAAACACAGAUCUGAGUAAACCGCCAAAGGAGGGCAGCAAAUCACCAGGACAGAACAAUGAAGCCAAAGGGGCAUCAAAAGAUCAGCGCGAAAAGGCAGACAUAAGCAAAUCAUCGUCAGGGGGCAAGGGUCCUGGCGGUUACUGUUAA